CUUCCUUUCAUACACAUAGGCCUCUCCAGAGAGGCCAGAGUGACAAGCUAGCUAGCUGCUAGCUUUGCAGCACCAGCCAGGCAGCCACUACUCUUUCUCCACCAGCUCCCCGAUCCCCUUGACGACCGACCUCUCUCUGGCUCUCUGCACACUGUUCAAGAUCAGCUAGCUUCGUUCCCAUCCAGUCGAGCUCUUGAUCGCGGCCCUGGAUGGACUUCGACAUGCUGAAUUCCCACCCGGAGGCGCAGCUGGAGCUGAUGAACGCAAUGCUCCAGCUGGAGCAGCUCACGGCGUUCCCUGACCACCACGGCGCCAUGAUGAUGGUGCCCUCGACGCCGCCCCCGUCGCCGCCGUGCAUGCAGCAGCAAGCUCAUCACCACUUCUCCUCCUCGGUGCCUCAUCACAUGUCCGCGGGCGGCGCCGCCAACGGCCGCGCCACCUACCACGACCACCACCAGUACUAUAGCUCCUCCGCUGUCACGUCCCACGCGUCGUGCAACGGCAGCGCCCGCUCGGAGUACGCGGCGCAUCAGGACUACCCUGCCGCCGCCGCCGGCGGAGGAGGAGGCGGGGGCAACGGCGGCAUGGACGACGGCGCCACCGCCGUGGGGUCGUCGGCGAUGCGGGAGAUGAUCUUCCGCGUGGCGGCGCUGCAGCCGGUGAACAUCGACCCGGAGAUGGUGCGCCCCCCGAAGCGCCGCAACGUGCGCAUCUCCACCGACCCGCAGAGCGUGGCGGCGCGGAUGCGGCGGGAGCGCAUCAGCGAGCGCAUCCGCAUCCUGCAGCGGCUCGUCCCGGGCGGCACCAAGAUGGACACCGCGUCCAUGCUGGACGAGGCCAUCCACUACGUCAAGUUCCUCAAGACGCAGGUGCAGUCCCUCGAGCGCGCCGCCGCCGCCAGCGGCCGCCGCCCGGCGCCACCGGCGGCGGACGACGACGGCGCCGCCGCGCCCUACCCCGGCCGCUUCAGCGGCCAGUGGUAGAUCGAACCGAUCGUUCGAUCGCGCGCGGCCACCCUUCGGCCGGCAUGCAUAUGGCCAAGGUUGUGGUCGUCGAUCAUGCACUAAUCGCCGACUCGCCGUCUCGCCGUCGGACCUGGAGCUUUGCACGUACGCACGUGCUGCGACGAGCCCCCGCGCGUCGGCAGCACGUGUACGAUCAUAUGUUGUGUAAAUUAAGAAUUUAAGAUGCACUUGGCUAGACGCCUUACAUUUUUACUACUA